UAUCCGCAACACUCACACAUCAACGCUAUUCCAAUGGCCUUACGCCGCGAUCCAAGAGGAAACAUGCAAGACCAGGAUGAGCGUUCGCCUCUUCUCGCAAAUGACGCGCGCGCACAGUACACCGCUCCCUCAGAUAACGACAACGCGUCAUUGAAAUCGCAAGAGCAAGAGGAAAGCGAAUACAAGUAUUUUUGGUGGGCUAUAUCAUUUGUUUUUGCUGCUGGGCUCCUCACAAUUUUCAUAGUUGGAUGGAUCGAGGCAGAUGAUGCGAAAUUUGACUUCACUGGGGCUUUGAAGCGCGCUUUAGGUGGCGGGCUCACUGGCGCAGCUGCUAUGGUACUCCAAGUGGCUCUUUUGAUGCCAAUGCGAACCAUCAUGAACUAUCAAUAUCGCCAUGGCACAUCAUUUUCGGUUGCAACAAAAACAUUGUAUAGUGAUGGGGGGAUUCGAAGAUAUUACCAGGGUGUUGGCGCUGCGUUCAUCCAGGGGCCCUCGGCCAGAUUCUUCGAUACAGCCGCUAAUGCUGGCAUACUCGCUUUACUGCACUCGAAUUCGUACCUUGCAAAGCUUCCAUCGCCUAUUCAGACCAUCUUUGUCUCCGCUUGCGCUGCUGCGUGUCGCAUGAUAUUGACUCCAAUUGAUACCCUAAAAACGACUCUUCAAGCUCAAGGCGCUCGCGGAACGACUCUUCUCAGAAAUCGGAUCCGGACCGAUGGCAUUGGUAGUCUAUGGUGGGGAGCUUUCGCGACAGCGGCUGCGACUUUUGUUGGCAAUUAUCCAUGGUUUGCUACGUACAACUGGCUAUCCGAAGCGCUGCAUGAGCCUUCUCGUACCGAGCAUCUGCUUUUAUGGCUUUUGAGGGCAGCUUUCAUCGGAUUCUGUGCUUCUGUUAUCUCAGAUACCAUAUCCAAUUCUCUUCGCGUCGUGAAGACAUAUCGCCAGGUCAACGAUAUUAAAGUCUCGUACUCCGAAGCUGCCAGGCGUGUUAUCCGUCAAGACGGCAAGCUGGGACUCUUUGGUCGCGGUCUCAAGACGAGAAUUCUUGCGAACGGGCUCCAAGGAAUUCUAUUCUCGAUUUUGUGGAAAUUCUUCCUGGGACUAUGGGACAGGAAAACCGGCGGCAAGAAGAACCUGUGA